CCAGUCCUAGUCCUUUCCACGUCCACAACUGAACAGCCAUGGGGCUGUCCACCGAAACUGCAGGUCGUUGGGACGUGCCGUUGGAGCGUCUCUUUGGGAGCGAGGCGCUCAGUGAGGGCACGGUGCCGUUGGUGGAGCUUUUGCGUGCCAAGCGGCUGUUGACCAUCAAGGACUUUGUGCAUCUUCCAGCCUUUGAACUGCGUGACUGGCUUCUGAUCACUGAGGACGAGGCGACGCAGCUCCUCUCGCGCGCCUGGGCGUUUUGCGCUUCUCCUCCAGUGAGUGCCUGGGAACUGGCGGCACGGAACCAAGCGGUUCAGCGUCAACGGUCUCGCGCACCGCUGCCAUCGCUGGACCGGGCCUUGGGUGGGCUUCCCGCUGCCAUCCUGGAGGUUGCAGGACCUCCUGGAGUGGGGAAGACACAGUUCUGCUUGCACGCUGCAGCUUUGACUGCCAUCACUGGGGGUGAGGUCUUUUGGCUCGACACUGAGCGCAGCUUCUCAGCCGAGCGGCUCUUCGAGAUGCUGGAGCAACAACUCCUACAAUGCAGACAUGGAGAGGCUCUGAUGCAGUUGGAACAUGUUUGAACCCUCAGAACAGAACAUCGAGAUUAUUGUUGUCCUGGCGGCAAGCUUUCCCUGCACCCGGCCUGGCUCCCGAGGCACGUUAGCCGAUAGCUGCACAUUCUUUGGCGCACGUGGGUUUGGAAGGACCUGAUUUGGUGCCCCCCCGGCACAGGCGCAGCAGGCAGCGAUGGCGGCACUUCAACACGUGCGACACCAGGCUUGCGACUCCUUGCAGGAGCUGCAUGAGAUCAUCGUGGACUUGUCCCGAAGAUCGCAAGUCUUGCCGUCCUUGCUGGU